AUGAAUUUGGUAGUGGCUUUAAAAUUUUACAUUACACGAAUGACAGAAGAAAGUGGUCCUGGCAUGAAAGUUCUUUUGAUGGAUAAACAGACGACAAGUGUCGUGAGUUCGUUGUAUAGUAAAUCGGAAAUCUUCACGAAGGAAGUUUACCUGUUCGAAAGAAUUGACACAAACACUCGAAACGAGGGAUUAAAGCAUUUGAAAUGUAUAGUGUUCGUAAGACCAACAGAAGAGAAUGUCGAAUUACUGUGUAAUGAAUUAAGAUGCCCUAAAUAUGGAACAUAUUAUAUUUAUUUCAGCAACAUUAUUGCCAAAGCGGAUAUUAAACUUUUGGCUGAAAACGACGAACAAGAAGUGGUAAAGGAAGUGCAUGAAUACUAUGCAGAUUAUUUAGCUAUUAGUCCACACUUAUUUUCACUUGGAAUCAACGCCUGCUCACAGGGUUUACUAUGGGUUCCAGUACACUUGCAUCGAACUCUCUUAGGCAUAAUUUCUGUGUUACUAUCAGUUAAAAAAUGUCCUUAUAUACGCUAUCAAAGUAGCUCUGAAAUGGCAAAGAGAUUGGCAGAGAAAGUACGAGAAGUACUGAGUAAAGAAUCAAAUUCAUUUGACUUCAGACAAGAAACAAGCCCAGUUUUACUUAUAUUAGAUAGAAGAGACGAUCCUGUUACACCAUUAUUAAAUCAAUGGACUUAUCAGGCAAUGGUUCAUGAGUUACUAACCAUUAAUAAUAACCGUGUUAAUUUGUCACACGUGAAAGGUAUUUCAAAGGAAUUGAAGGAAGUUGUCCUUAGUGCAGAGCACGAUGAAUUUUAUGCAAAUAAUUUGUAUCACAAUUUCGGUGAGAUUGGACAAACUAUAAAAGAACUGAUGGACGAAUUUCAAAAAAAAGUUAAGAAACAUCAAAAAGUAGAAAGUAUAGCUGACAUGAAAACCUUUCUAGAAACCUAUCCUCUAUUUAAAAAACUGUCUGGUACCGUCUCAAAACAUGUAACAGUAGUUGGAGAACUUUCAUCACUGGUGGAACGUCAUCACUUACUGCAAGUAUCAGAAUUAGAACAAGAACUUGGUUGUCAAACUGAUCACUCUGUGCAGCUACAAAAAGUAAAAGAACUUAUUAAUAGUCAACAAAUCCAAGAAAUUGAUAUGGUAAGACUGGUGAUGUUGUAUGCACUUCAUUAUGAAAAAUAUGCAAAUAACGACAUUAACGGAUUAAUGAGCUUACUGAAAAGUAAAGGAGUAUCUGAAAAAAAUGUUAAGCUUAUACAUAACAUAUUAGAAUAUAGUGGCAUUAACACAAGACAAAAUAAUUUAUUUGAUCGUGAAUCAGUAGCAAAAAUUACAAAAAAAUUAUUCAAAGGUUUAAGUGGAAUAGACAACAUAUACACUCAACAUACACCAUUAUUGAAUGAAACACUUGAGGACUUAAUAAAAGGAAAGUUAAGUUCACAAACAUAUCCAUAUCUUGGAAACACAAUAAUAUCGAAGAGGCCGCAGGAUAUAAUUGUAUUUAUAAUCGGUGGAACAACGUAUGAAGAAAGUUUGACUGUGUAUAAUUUAAAUAAGCAAAAUUUGGGAGUAAAAAUUAUUUUAGGUGGCACUACUGUUCAUAAUUCGCAAAGCUUUUUAGAAGAAAUUCAAUGUGCUACUUCAGGCAUCUUAUCAAAGUACAAACAUAAUCAUUAAAAAGGAUAUAUGUAUACAUUUUUUAUUAAGAUAUUUAUUUAUACAAAUUUAUGUAUAUGCCCUG